AUGACGGACAAACCUCCCAAAGUCAAAGACGCCUCAGGGCCCAAGGGCAAGAAAGCCCCCAAAGUCAAACAAAUGGAACUUCCCAACGCUGCCGCCGGCAUCGUCACACGUUUCCCCCCCGAACCCUCAGGAUACCUCCAUAUCGGGCACUCCAAAGCCGCGCUGUUGAACGACUAUUUCGCACACAUUCAAUACCCCGGCGGAAAGUUGAUCCUUCGGUUCGACGACACGAACACUGAGAAAGAGAAUGCCGAGUUUCAAGACGCUAUUCGUGAGGACGUUGCGUUACUGGGGAUUAAGCCGGACGUGAUCUCUUAUACUAGCGACUACUUCGAUCAAAUUGACGAGUACUGUGUGAAGAUCAUCCAGGCCGGAAAGGCGUAUGCCGACGACACGCCCGGCGACGUUAUGUCCGCGCAGAGAUUGGCACGUGAGCCGAGCGUCCACCGAGAUGACAGCAUCGAGGACAACUUAGCAAGAUUCACGGAAAUGAAAAAGGGCACCGAGGAAGGGAAACGCUGGUGCAUCCGCGCCAAAAUCUCGCACGCGAACGACAACGCUUCCCUCCGCGAUCCCGUCAUCUUCCGUUGUCCCAAGACCCAAACCCCCCACCACCGCACCGGUGACAAAUACAAGGCCUACCCGACGUACCAGUUCGCGUGUCCGGUCGUCGACUCCCUCGAAGGCGUCACCCACGCGCUCCGCACAACAGAGUACAACGACCAAGACGCACAGUACAAGUGGAUUCUGAAGGCUCUCGAGCUGCGACCCGUUUACAUAUGGACCUUUUCCAAAAUCCAAUUCGUCCGCACGUUGAUGAGCAAGAGAAAACUCACCAAGCUGGUCAAUGCAGGCGUGGUGUCUGGCUGGGACGAUCCACGGUUCCCCACCGUCCGGGGCAUAAGGAGACGCGGCAUGACGGUUGAGGGCCUGCGCGAUUUUAUGGUCUCCCAAGGCCCCAGCAAGAACGUGGUCAACAUGGACUGGCACACCAUCUGGACGAUGAACAAGAAGGUCAUCGAUCCCACGGCCGCGAGGUACACCGCGAUGGACAGCACCCACGUGGUCUGCAAGAUCACGGGCCUCCCACAAGACGGCCCCUACGAAGAAACGAAACCCAAACACGCGAAGUACGACCUCGGCGACAAAAAGGUCGUCUACUCGCAGAACAUCCUCAUCGAGCAAGACGACGCCCGCACGUUCGCCAAGGACGAAGAAAUCACCCUCAUGAACUGGGGCAACGCCUACGUUCGGGACAUCGAAUACGCGAAUUCCACGGCCUCCCAAGCCACCCCGGAUGGCGUGGCCGACGGGGUAAGCAACCUGGGCAACGUCACCUCCAUGACCCUCGAACUCCACCUGGAGGGGGACUUCAAGGCCACCAAGAAGAAAAUCACAUGGCUUUCGAAAGACCAGGACCUCGUGCCCGUCGAGCUUGUGGAUUUCGACCACCUCCUCGCCAAGGACAAGUUGACCGAAGAGGACGAGGCGCACUGGGAGGACUUCCUGACCAAGCAGAGCGAGUUCAGGACCGAGGCCGUAGCGGACGUGAAUGUGUGGGACGUCAAGGUGGAUGAUUUUCUGCAGUUCGACCGCAAGGGGUAUUAUAGGUGUGAUAAGGCGCCGUCGCAGGGGGAGAGGGGUGUAUUCUUCAAGAUCCCCACGGGCAAGGAGUAA